AAUUGUCUUAUCGAUAAGACAACAAAUUUCCCAAAUGUUCGCAACCCGACAACUCCUUCUUCACAACCCAUCAUGGCCGACUCUGAUUCUUUGUUGAGCGAUCUGUGCUCCAUAUGCCAUGUCAACCCCCCAAAAUACAAAUGCCCUCGAUGCUCAACGCGCACCUGCUCUCUUCCCUGCACACGACGUCACAAACUCUGGUCGCAAUGCUCUGGUGUACGUGAUCCUGCUGCAUAUCUCAAGCGCAAUGAGUUAGCUACAGAAUCUGCAUUCGACCGCGACUUUAAUUUCAUCACGGGCAUCGAGCGCAACCUCGAGCGAGCAGAUAGAGAUGCCGAUAAUCGCGGUAUCGAUCUUUCGCGCAGUAUCCAGAGCGAUGACCCAGGCGAUGGUUUCCAAGAUCUGAAUGCUGGGCGUAAGAGGAAACACCCGCACCAGGGCCUUGUCAAGGGCGAAGCUGGUUUCUUGCGCGCUGCCGAGGCUGGGGGUGUCAAGGUCAUUCGUGCCCCAAAAGGAAUGUCGCGCAAUAAGCAAAAUGGGUCAAGGUUCAAUCCUAAACAUAAAUCUCUUGCCUGGACUGUGGAGUGGGUUGCAGGUGAUGGAGUGAAGACCGUUCGGAAUGCCAUUUUCGAUACAUGCACCAUCUCCGAAGCUUAUGAUCGUUCUAUUUCGCGUUCAAAGGACCAAAGUGCUUCCGAGUCCGUCAAGGAAGCGAAAGAAGACCAAAAGAAAUUGGAUUCCUCGAAUAUAGCCAAAGAAAGCGGAGUUACCGACACACCCGGUGAACCUGUCACUGCUGCUGCCGAACUGGAAGAUACAAAACCACCCCAAGCUGCGGUGCCUGAGUCAACAGAGAUACCCGCAGACACAACUACCGACGUGGUAGAGCAGCCACUUCAACAAAGCGCCACUCACCGCGAUCUCUACUUCUAUCUUCACCGUCCAAGAACUACCACCAAAAAGCCAGUUCUAGCUCCACUGUCCCCAUCUUCAAUUCUGAAUGAAGUCCUCCGGAGUCGAACCGUUCUCGAGUUCCCCACGAUUUAUGCUCUCCCCGAUUCUCCAGAGACACUUGCAGGACAAGAGACCUCUCCAUUUAUUCUGGAAGAAGAGUAUCUCCGAACUGCAGGACCGGAAGAGAUUGCUAAAUCAACGAGAAAUGACGGGGAUGAUGCAGCUGGAGAUGAAAACCUGUCCGAUUCUGCUGUGAAACUGCAAGAUGUCGAUGAGAAGCGGGUGCUUGAGGUCUUGAAGCAGGAUCUGUUUGAGGAAGUCCCUACAAACUGA